AUGAUGAAUUUAGGGCAAGUGAAGCUGCCAGGCAACGGGAAAGGAACGAGGCUAAUCGCAGGAGGGCAGAAGAAGCCGCCAGGCAACGGCAAAGGAACGAGGCCAAUCGUAGGAGGGCAGAAGAGGCCGCCAGGCAACGGGAAAGGAACGAGGCCAAUCGUAGGAGGGCAGAAGAAGCCGCCAGGCAACGGAAUCGGAACGAUGCCGCCCGUUGGAGAGCAGAAGAAGCUGCCAGACAACGGAAUCGGAACGACGCAGCACGUUGGAGGGCAGAAGAAGCC